CCAUCAUUUGCUGUAUCCUGCGACAUGGCCAGCAAAGGCUUUGCUCCCACUGGCCCCGAACCCACUGAGCGACCGCCCUGGUUCAUCUCGCCCAGCGACAUUACCGAUCGCUCGGCCAACCCCAUCGGCCGCGGUGGCUUUGGCGAGGUCUUUACUGGCUCCUACUUUGGUACCAAGGUCGCCAUCAAGCAGCUCCUUGGCACCUGCAACAAACGCCAGCUCGCUGAAUACAACCAUGAAAUCAGCAUCUGGAAGCAGCUCAGCUAUCCACAUGUCCUCCCUCUGCUCGGUGCCUGCGACCAGGACGAGGAUGGUAACCCGAUUCCUCCCUUCAUGGUGUCGCCUUUCAUGCCCAACGGCACUCUCCUUAACCAUGUGUCCGACCCCAAUACCCAUGUCCCUCUUGAGGAGAAGCUCCGUUUGCUCCGCCAGGUGGCCUCGGGAAUGGCCUAUCUUCAUGGCCGCCGCAUCAUCCACGGCGAUCUCAAGGCAGCGAAUGUCCUCCUGGACGGCUUGAACAAUGCCGUCGUCACCGACUUUGGCAUGUCCCGCACCAAACACACCUCUGCCUCGUUGAACCCGAGCAAAUCCAAUGGCCCGAACGGCGGCACCGAUGGUUACAUGGCGCCCGAGAUGCUUGAUGAAGACGACCCCAGCGGUACCACCAUGAAGACCGACGUCUUUGCCUUCGCCAUCAUGAUGCAUGAAGUCCUCAACGAUGCAAACCCCGUCUGUGUAAGGAGUGAACAAGCGCAAGGACGAAGACCAAGUGCUUGGUAUGAGCUUUAUUAGCUUUUAGCCCCGAACACCAAAGAACAAGUUUUGUUCGAACUGGUGUUCAACAUAGGCUCAGACAUGCAGGGCUAUUUAUAG